CACUUUUUUAGACGGGCUCUGAUAAUACAAAAGCCAACACAGAAACACUCGCAGAAAACGGAAUGUAUGCCUAGCCAGUAGAUGGCAGUAUAUACUUUGCGAUAUGUAAGGCCCACACCUACUCUUAGGGAAGAAGAAAUAAUCACAGACGGACAGUAGAAAACGAGCAGUAAACAGUUGCCUGCGUUGCUGGCGCCGUGAGGAAGCAAGGCUAUUUGUGUGACAGCAUGGAUCCUAGCACUACUAUUCUUCGAGUGAAAAGGAAGCGGGGAACUGAUCCCGCUGAUGCUUUAUUAUUGGCUUGUAAACGAAUUAGGCCAGAAACAACAACGCAGCCUCCCGGGGAUAGCAUUCCUGAACCUGAUGCGAAGAUAGAAAAUUCUGUCUUCAAACUCGUGGCCACAGUAGCAUCACAGGAUGCUCCAGUCCAGCCCCACGUGCAGGAGGCUCUGGCGCGGCCACGGGUGGCUCAUGCCCUCAGGCCUUCGGUGGGAAGCUCCAAGAGGAUCAUGGGAGACCUGCGCAGUGCCAAGUGGAGCACCAGGCGGGAGGAGCGCUAUCGGAUCCUGUCCAGUCACCGAGCUGGACUCCCCACAGAGACGCCAGUGCUUCCCCCUUCCGCAGAGGAGGCGCAGGAGGCUGAUGUGGAGGCUCCACAGACGGAAGUGGAUCUGCGCCUCCCCCUGAGAGACGUGCAGGUGGUCGACCUUGUCCAUGAGGAGGGGGCGCACAACAAAGCCCCAGUCAAGUCAGUGACCACAGACUCGGAGACGAUCCUGUGCAACUCUAUGAAGAUGAUGCGUGAGAAGCUGAGCGUGUCCGGGGACGCAGUGGGCACGGAGCACAGGGAGAAGGAGGAGGACUACGUCUAUGACCUGUACUACCAGGAGACGGUGGCUCCCGGCUGGAUCCAGGAUAUCCUGUCUGUCAGGCCCUACCAGGAGGAGGAUCUGUUGCCUGAGGUUGCCUGGGAAGAGGUGUACGAAGAUGAGGAUGAUGAGAACGAGGAGGCUAACUGGAGGAAUGAGUACCCCGAUGAAGAGGGCAGUGAUGUGGGCAGUGAUGCAGAGGAGCGCUAUGGAGGGGGCUGGAACGAGGAGCACUCCUACAGCCGGAGGACAUGGGAGCGCUACCAGCGGGAGGUGCUGCGGGAGUUUGGGGGGGAGGGCGAUGAUGACGAGGAUAAAGACUUGGACUCUGACUGAGGCCCUGUGCGUGCACCCGUGUGUCUUUUUUUUUUUCUCUCUCUGUCUGCUUGCUUCUGUGUGUGAAAGAGGGGCCAUUUCUACUGCGUGAAGUUGUGAGGGUAACGUUGUGCAAAGUGUAUGUGUGUGUGCGCGUGCGUUUGUGCGCGUGUUAGAGUUCUCUGCUGUGUGUGUAGAGUUAGUGUGGAUUGUUUUGCGAUGCUGUUGUUUGAGCUGGAAUGUUGGCGAGAUGCGUGUGUUCUUCUGAGAUGUGAAGUGCAUGUGUGUGUAUUAGUAUGUGUAUGACGGUAGUGAGUUUGUGGAAGCGUGGAGUGCUCUUUGUUGUGCGUAUGUUCUGAUGUUGUAUUUGUACUGACAUACCCAUUCCGAAUGGGAUUGAAAACACUUUAAACCUUUGUAAAUAUGUAGAUGUAUAUAAAAAAAGAAUAAAGCAUUCAGAAUACA